AAAGGGGCAAGAAAGAGGACCAGAGAAGGGGAAGAGACUGCAGUCUGGGUACGCUUUGGGGAGCCUGGACCCCAAGUAACAGGACUCGGCAUUGGUGGAGAGAAAAGUCUAGAUUGGCAGACGCUGCCAACCACUCAGGGAGCGCAUUCUUUUAUCUGGAGAGAGAGGAGAGGGAGAAGGCAGAGUUCAUGCCGAAGUGGAUGGAAGGGGAUCCUGGUUUCCGCGGCACAGGGAGUCGCGAGUCGGGACUAUGGCACUGAGACCGGCGCGGAGCAGCUGCGCGCCCGAGGACGCAUCUCCUCGCGGGGGACCAGCGGGCGUCAGGAAAGACUGCGCACAGAGGAACCAACUUGUGGCUCCAGACCAUCCUCAACGCAGCUGGAAAUGAGAUCAAAGCUGCAGUUUCAUUCCAGAAGGAUGAGAGGAGCCAGUGAUUAGGGAUUUUUUUUAACCCUCUUCGUUCCCGUUUCGUCGUUUUCUCUUACCCCCCCCUUUUUUCUUUUGCUUUUAAAUAUAUGUUUGUUUCUUUUUUUUCUUUUUUUAAAUUUACCUAACACUACGUCAGUCCCGUCACAUUGCUUUCCCCGUACGAAAUAAAAGCCCAGUCUGAACUUCGACCGCCCGGGAGACUCGAGAUCUGCGGCCAGCUGAUGGAGAAGGGGACACCCGUGCUGGCAGGGGCCGCUGGCGAGGGACCGCAUCACGCGUCUCUCUGGUGAUCCCUGCCCUGAUCGCCGAGUUCAGCAAUACCUGGAGGAACUGGACCCUGUACUGCGGGUGGGGGAGGGGACUCAGUGAAAGCCACCCUGAGCCUUAAGAAAAAGUAGCUGACUGGGGGCGGAACGGGGUUUGUUCUUGACAGCUGACGGAGCCUUGAAAUUUUCCUCCUCUACCUCCGCCCCCUCCCUCGCCCCCGCCCCCCGCACUCCAUUUAACGUGAGAUUAUGAAAUCGCAGAGGCGGUGGAGGGAAGGCGACAGGAUCUAACAGGGAGUUUGGAGGGGCGAGGGGGAAGGUGGCUGGCUGGGUGGCUGAAAUCAAAAAUCCAAUUGCGCACUGGGUUGUGAUGAGAAAUCUAAUCAGAUCUUCGACGAAGGGGCCGGCCAGAAGGGUAGCCGGUGGGGGCAGUUGAUCCCCAAAUUAUCCGAAGGGAGAGCUGGGGACUGGAAUCAAGAAUGUAAAGAAAGACUUUUUUGUUCUUUUUUUUUUUCUUUCUUUUCUUUUUUCUUUUUCUUUUUUACCUCCCCGGACGAGGUGGCUGUUGGGUGCCUUGCUAAAAUGAAGAAUGCGGGACGCAGCUCUCUCUUGGAGCAGAACGCAGAGGAUAAACUGAUUGUGCCAGAAAGAAGAAAGAAUGAAGCUAUUUCUUGUGAGACCUGGAUUGUAACAUAAAUGUGUAUAUGGCCACACGGGGAGCAUUGAGGAAAAAAAUGAAAUAAGCUGAUGUCAGACCUGCGGGGUUUAUUGUGUUCUGACAUAAAUAAAUAAUCAUAAAAUAGCUGUCCCCCUCCCCCAAGGAUGUUUGGAAAUGGAGAACUGAGGAUACACAAAGAAAAAGUGUGUUCAUUUUGUUUUCUUUAAAGGAAAAAGUACGCCAAGGAGAUAUUUUUUGAAAUGAAAAGUUUGGGGCAUUUUUAGGAAAGUAAAGACCUGAUAUAUAUAUACAUAUUUUUUCUCUUUGAAUUUCCCACAAGAAAGAGAGGAAAUUAAUAAUAGAUCUGCAAAGAAAUUUCACUGAAGAAAAGUUGACCGUGGAGGAACGAAGCAUUGAUUGGGAAAGAAAUCAGCAGAGGACUCUUGGAUUGGUGCCCAUGUUGACUAAAAUUGAAGGAUAAUUGCAGUUGGAUCUUUUUUUCUUCACCAACCUCCUUUUCGUUUUCUUUUUCUUUUCCUUUUUGGUGUCAAGACCGUGCAUUCUUUCUUGUUCUUAACCACCUGGAUUUCCCUCGGGAUGUAGCUGUGCUGAGUCUGAAAUACAGUUGGCAAAUACGUUGCCUAUUUACUGUGUAGAGACGCCAAUGGAGAACAAGGUCUAUGUAUUUCUGCACACAGUAGAGGAAAAGCUCAACAUAUUUGCAAGGCUGGAUUUCAAAAUGGGGAAAAAAGAAGAAUGAUAUUAGGAAAUACUGACAAAAGCAAAUUUGAUUUGAAAAGACUGUUUGAACUCCAGAAGGACCAACACCAGAUAAAUUAUGAAUGUUGAACAAGAUGACCUUACAUCCACAGCAGAUAAUGAUAGGUCCUAGGUUUAACAGGGCCCUAUUUGACCCCCUGCUUGUGGUGCUGUUGGCUCUUCAACUUCUUGUGGUGGCUGGUCUGGUCCGAGCUCAAACCUGCCCUUCAGUGUGCUCCUGCAGCAACCAGUUCAGCAAGGUGAUUUGUGUUCGCAAGAACCUUCGUGAGGUUCCUGAUGGCAUCUCCACCAACACAAGGCUGUUGAACCUCCAUGAGAACCAAAUCCAGAUCAUCAAAGUGAACAGCUUCAAGCACUUAAGGCACCUGGAAAUCCUCCAGUUGAGCAGGAAUCAUAUUCGAACCAUUGAAAUUGGGGCCUUCAAUGGUUUGGCUAACCUCAACACUCUGGAACUCUUUGACAAUCGUCUCACUACCAUCCCAAAUGGAGCUUUUGUGUAUCUGUCUAAACUGAAGGAGCUCUGGUUGCGCAACAACCCCAUUGAAAGCAUCCCUUCCUAUGCUUUUAACAGAAUCCCUUCUUUGCGCCGCCUAGACUUGGGGGAAUUAAAAAGGCUUUCUUACAUCUCCGAAGGUGCCUUUGAAGGUCUGUCCAACUUGAGGUAUUUGAACCUUGCCAUGUGCAACCUCCGUGAAAUCCCUAACCUCACACCGCUCAUCAAACUAGACGAACUAGAUCUUUCUGGGAACCAUUUGUCUGCAAUCAGACCUGGCUCUUUUCAGGGCUUGAUGCACCUUCAAAAACUGUGGAUGAUACAGUCUCAGAUUCAAGUGAUUGAACGCAAUGCCUUUGAUAACCUCCAGUCAUUAGUGGAGAUCAACCUGGCACACAACAAUCUAACAUUAUUGCCUCAUGACCUCUUCACGCCCUUGCAUCAUCUAGAGAGGAUACACCUUCAUCACAACCCAUGGAAUUGUAACUGUGAUAUCCUGUGGCUUAGCUGGUGGAUACGAGACAUGGCUCCCUCGAACACAGCUUGUUGUGCCAGGUGUAACACUCCCCCCAAUCUGAAAGGGAGAUAUAUCGGAGAGCUGGACCAGAAUUAUUUCACAUGCUAUGCUCCGGUGAUUGUGGAACCCCCCGCAGACCUCAAUGUCACUGAAGGCAUGGCAGCUGAGCUAAAAUGUCGAGCGUCUACAUCCCUGACUUCCGUGUCUUGGAUUACUCCAAAUGGAACAGUCAUGACCCAUGGGGCAUACAAAGUGAGGAUAGCUGUGCUUAGUGAUGGCACGUUAAAUUUCACAAAUGUAACUGUGCAAGACACAGGCAUGUACACAUGUAUGGUGAGUAAUUCUGUCGGCAACACUACUGCUUCUGCCACCUUGAAUGUGACUGCGGCAACCACUACUCCUUUCUCUUACUUUUCCACUGUAACAGUAGAGACUAUGGAACCUUCUCAGGAUGAGGCACGAACCACAGAUAACAAUGUGGGUCCAACUCCAGUGAUCGAUUGGGAGACUACUAACGCAACCACAUCUCUUACGCCACAGAGCACAAGGUCCACAGAGAAAACAUUCACCAUCCCAGUGACUGACAUCAACAGUGGAAUCCCAGGAAUUGAUGAGGUCAUGAAAACAACCAAAAUCAUUAUUGGUUGUUUUGUGGCCAUCACACUCAUGGCUGCUGUGAUGCUGGUCAUCUUCUACAAGAUGAGGAAGCAGCACCAUCGGCAAAACCACCAUGCUCCAACAAGGACUGUUGAAAUCAUUAACGUGGAUGAUGAGCUCACUGGGGAUACACCUAUGGAAAGUCACCUGCCCAUGCCUGCAAUUGAGCAUGAGCAUCUAAACCACUAUAACUCUUACAAAUCUCCCUUCAACCACACAACAACAGUAAACACAAUAAAUUCAAUACACAGUUCAGUGCAUGAACCGUUAUUGAUCCGAAUGAACUCUAAAGACAAUGUACAAGAGACUCAAAUAUAAAACAUUUACAGUUACAGAAAACAAACAAUCAAAAAAGACAGUUUAUUAAAAAAAUGACACAAAUGACUGGGCUAAAUCUACUGUUUCAAAAAAGUGUCUUUACAAAAAAACAAAAAAGAAAAGAAAUUUAUUUAUUAAAAAUUCUAUUGUGAUCUAAAGCAGACAAAAUGAUGUGUAUUCCUCAGAACCUGUUUCUGCUGCACUUACUAUUUUCCCACACCUCCUCCCUCCCUUCCCUGAUUGCCAUAUUUUUCAUAGAUCUCAAUUCUCUAAAGAACUGGUCUAGGAAAUUUUGUAAGAAUUCUGUUACACUUUGAGAUUUUUAUGGUGAAUUCUAGUGGUGAGAUCCAGUCUAUUUUGUCUCUUUUUCGCUCUAUUUUUUUUUCAUUUUUUUCCUUUUUCCUUCAUGCCCUUCUGAAGUAGUCCAAUGGGGAAUGCAAUAUUAGAAAUAGAUUUUUAAGAAAGAAUGAGGAAAAUGCAAGAUCUUAUAUUUUUCAUGCAUUGAUCUAUUCUGUAUUUAUGAGGAGGACAUUCUGUGGAGAAAGAAAAAAAGUAAGCAAAUAACAGAUUAAUUUACAUAUGAACAUCUAUAAAACCCAUGACUUUAAAAAAAAAAACUCUAGAACCAGAAUUUGUAGUUCAAAACUUAAAAUAAGAUUAUAAAUAAAAUAUUGUUGGUUUUUCUGUACCUGGACAUAGCUCAUUUGUAGCCUGGUUCAAAUAUGAGAAACCUGAAGGUAAUUAGAUUCCUUAUUUCUAAGAAACACUUUAGCCAAAGCAUCAUUUUCUACAUGUCUCUGCUGUUUUAUUCAACUUAAGUUGCCUAUCAGUAUUCAAGGAUGCUAUGAUACAACCAGAUUCUUUCCUUCUCAAAAAGGUGCCCCUUGCAAAAUUUUCAGGUGAAAAGAUAUAAGUUUAUCAACAAAAUGUGUUUCAAGUAGGGAGAAUAAACAACCAUAUUUGUAUUUUUCUAAUCAGAAUCCCACAGACAAGGUGAAAUAUUGCCACAAAAGUGGAGCCAUGCUAAUGUUCCUAUAGUUAAAAAAUAAUUUUGGGUUCUGAGUGUUAGCAAAUUUAGUUCAAUUCAAUGAAGACUAUCAAAUAAUUAAAAUGGACUAUAUGGUCACUUGGGUAAUAUGGGUACAAAAAUAACAAGGCUUGGUUCCUGCCCUUGUAUCAUUCCCAAGGAUUAUUCUCAGUGUAUUCCUAGGCACCAGCGCUAACUUUUGAUAUUUGGGAAGAAGAUGGUGUCCUGGGAUCACAAACUCAUAAAAUACCCAAUUAUUAUUAUUACAGAAGCUUCCUGGUUUCUUGGUUUCUGACAUUUUUAUGGUAGAGAUAACUUUUGCCUCUAGAAUGCAGAUUUCCAGGGUUAAAAGGUAUGAAAAUGGCAUCUUCAGUAUUCAAGAAAC